GUUUGCCUUGCCAUGUAUCCGUGCGACUAUUUCGCACUUACCGAGUUAGCAAACCAGUUUCCAGCGGGAAAUAGUUUAGUGGGUCUAUUAGAUUAGCAGCUUAUUAUAAACUUCCAGUCCGUCAUCUGCACUUAACACUUGCAGUUCAUGAAUGGUGGUGAUGGCCUAAUUCUAUUGCAUGGGGCUUUGCUGAUCUUUUCUAUGCUAUUAAUGUUUUAACCUGCUCAUGAGGUGCAGAGUGAAUGGUGUGGAGAUUGAUCCCUGCCAGCCAUUUCAACAGUGAUUUCAAUCAACAUCACUCUACUAUGUUUUACUUGCUUAUUGAAAGGGCUGCCACAGAUAACUUAACCUGGAUUGCACCUGCUCUCUUUCCUUGUUUGUCUCAGCUCACGUUUCAUCAUUCACUGCAAUGCAUUCAAAUGCUAUAACAGUACACUAAACUGAUUGGAUUAUAGAAACCACUUUGCAAAGAGCUGUCUCAACUGCAAAGUUCUUUCUUCCUGGGUAAACCCAGAGAAACCC